UAUAAAUAAGUAUCAUUUAAGCUCACUUUAAUUUAAAACUUUAUAAUAAUUUGUUUCGAUAUUUUUUAAUAAUGUAAGUUAUUAAAAUUAUUAAUUAAAUUUAUUGAAUUAAAUUUUAUUUUAUAAUUAUAUUAAGUUUUAUAUAAUUAUUGCAAUAUUUAUUUAUUUUUACUAUAAAUUGAAAUAAUUAAAAACUAUAACAGUAAUAUUAUAUAAAAUUUAAAAAAAAAUUUUAUUAUGUUUUCGAUUGUAUUGUUUCAUAAUUUAUAUGAUACGUAAUAUUUUACAAAUUGAAAAUAUGGCGGGUCUAUUUGAAUUAAACCAUAAAUAAUUAAGUACUACAAGUGUACUUUAUUAUACAAUGGAUAAUAUUUUUGGAAAAGAAGAUUCUGGGAAUGAAAGUGAACAUAUAGAUAUUGAAGGAAAGGAAGAAAAAGGUAGUCCUUCACAAAAUUCUGGAACUAAAGAUGUAGAAUCAAUAGAUGUUAAUGAUAAUGAUAACGUACAAGUUAAGAUAGAAUAUGAUGCAAUGAGUUCGCAAUCUCAAUCUGAUGGAGAAGAAGUAGGUUCUAAUUUAUUAUGUACAGUAGUAGAAGAUCAAUUGGAAAUUGUCAAACAUGAAAAUGAUAAUAGAGAAGAAGAACAAACAACGGAAGAUAUAUUUGAAAAUGAUAUAGUACUACCUCAUGCAAAUCCAACAAAUGUUAAAGAAAGAAGAGAAAGUAAAGAGAAAAGUAAAAAAGAAUUGGAAGAAGAAGAAAGGGAGAAAAUGCAAGUAUUAGUAUCAAAUUUUACAGAAGAUCAAUUAGAUAGAUAUGAAAUGUAUAGAAGAGCUGCUUUUCCAAAAGCAGCAAUAAAAAGAAUUAUGCAAACUAUAACAGGUUGUUCAGUAUCACAAAAUGUGGUUAUUGCUAUGUCCGGUAUUGCAAAAGUAUUUGUUGGAGAAAUAGUAGAAGAAGCUCUUGAUGUCAUGGAAGCUCAUCAAGAAUCAGGACCAUUACAACCAAAACAUUUAAGAGAAGCAGUUAGAAGAUUAAGACUUCAAGGACAAAUUCCAAAUGGUCGUGCCUAUAAAGCAUUUUUCCGAUUAUGAAUCAUCUCAUUAGUAUAGUCAUUUAAAACUGUGAUUUAAUACAAAUGCCUCCAAUAAGUUGCAGAAAUUAAAUAAAUAUUUUUGUAUAAAAAAUGAUUACUGCAAUAUGUUAAUAUUCACAUAAAAAGUUGUUACAUUGUAAAAAUAUCUUAGAAGUUUUAAAAAUAAGGAUAUACAUUUUAAUAAAUAAAUAUAUACAUGUC